AUGAACUUGGAGGAAAAGCUACGCCUGUCUCUCGACGAUGUUCUCUGUACUUCUGGAUACAUAUUUGAGAUCAUAGGCAACAACAGAAAGCAGAGCAAUCUUUUGACUGGAACAAACAAUCUGUUAAUUACUCCUGCUGUUACAAACUCACUUGCUCGGAGUCUAGCCAAAUUCGAUGAGGUUCUAGAUGAUACCAUAUCCAAGUUCAAUGACACUCGAUGGUGUGUGGAGCAGAUAGUGGAGAAUAAGCAGCGGCAGAAGGAACAAAAAGCGAGAGAAGAAGAGGAGCGGAAACGACUAGAUGAUGAAAAACGGAAGGAAGACGAACGGAAACAAGAAGAAAAAGUGAAGCAAGAGAAACAACGCCAAGAAGAUGAACGUAGGCUGCGUGAGAGCCAGAUUGAAGUUGGGGGAGGUCGGAAUGUCGGCGGCACGGAAAGCCAGGGUGUUUCACCGGUGUUUGAUUUCAACUUUAAUGAGCUUCCAGAAGAACCAAGUAAUGAAAACAAAGCGCAAGAUAUUCCCGACCCGGCAGACAUUCUUCAGAGUAUACAGUACGGCGAAGGGCAGAAGAAGGACGCUAUGGAUCUCGACAUGAAUAAUAUAUUGGGUAAUGACGAGCUGCUACUUGGUGGCUUGAAUAUGGACUUUUUGGACCCGGGACUUGACCAGCCCCAGCAAGAUGCAAAUGAUGAUGACUUUGACGUCGACAGUUUCUUGAACCAGUUUGCGGGCGGAGCAUAG